UGCUAACGUUGAUACUUCGACCCAAAACUCUUAAAUUAUUGUUAUUUUAGCCCUUGUUUUGGCACAAUAACUGUCUAAAUGGGGCGAUAUAAAUGCUGUGCGGAUAACUGUGAAAGUUCCAGUGAGUCAGACAUCAAAUUCUUCAAGUUUCCUCUGUAUAACCCUAAGAAGUUGAGGAGGUGGUUGGGGAGUAUGGGACGUGAGGACUGGGUUCCGUCACGGUUCUCUGUUUUGUGCAUUCAUCAUUUUGAGGAGCAACACAUCGAUCGGACGGGUAAAUGCAUCACCCUGAGAGAGGAGGCUGUACCCACCAUUUUCAGCCCCACCACGGAGGUACGAGGAGGACAGGAGCAGAGGCAGGGGCAGAGGAGAGAGGAGGAGCAACGAUUUGAAAAUAAGGUUUCACAUGAGCCCUCUGUGACUGGAGCCAGAAGUAAAAAGGGAAAGCCUCGCGGUCGACCUCCGAAAAGCAGAGCAGCAGAAGCACUGGCCCCCGUCGCCAUGGAAACAGAAUCCAACGCACAGCAGAGCGAAGAAGCAGAGGAGGGAGCAGUCCACAGAGACCCUGAGGUCCCAGAGCAGUGGAGUGUGAUCCUGGAUGAGGAGCUGCUCAAAAUCCACUCUUUUCCACAUUUCUUCCAUGGAAACUAUUGCGUCUCCCAGGAUAUUCAAUGGGCCCCAGAUAAAAGUUCUUCUGAAGAAGUUGAGAAUUCCACUAAUGUGAUUGAGGUGACGGCUCCAUGGCAGUGGUUGUGUCUGGACAUUCGUGGUCCUCUUCCUCUCUCCUCCUCGGGUCAUCGUUUCCUCCUCAGCCUGUCAGAUUAUUUUUCAAAGUGGCUGGAGGCGUGGCCGUUAGACUCCCUGCUCCCAGAACAUGCCAUGCACCCCCUGUUGGACGUCAUCAGGCACUUUGGGUUCCCUGUGAGGAUCCUGUCACGGCUCCCGAAGGACAUGGUCGACCAGAUUAACGAGCAGCUGAAGUUGGAGUUGUCGGUUGGAUUCCCGCUCGUGGUGCAGCACCCUCAGACCGGGACAGCGGAUCAGAGCAUGCAGCAGAUGAUUGACAGGAUGGUGCAGGAGCUGUCUGAACAGAACCCAUCGGACUGGGACGUGGUUCUUCCCGCCAGAGUCUUUUCUUUUUGUUGUAAAUUAAACCCAUCGACCCGAGAGAGUCCUUUCACUGCGCUCUGCUGCAGCGGCACAGAGCCCACGCACGCCCCCAGAGGACAACAGCUUGAGGACGUUCGGCUCAGAGACUGUGAGAUCGUGCUGAGAAAUGCCACUUUAUAAACUGUUUUUACCCGUUGCCACGUGAUGUCUGUGCUGUGGAUAAUAUUAUUUUUAUAAGAACUAAAAUGUAAUUGUGGGAUUCAGUUUGUCCUUGUUUGUUACUUUUACUGUUUUUG